AUGUUACCGUCGCUGGUCUUCGGCCCGUGGAUGAAGAUCAGAGCCCUGCAGAUGACCGAUUGCGGUGCGCAGAUCAGUGCGAUACCGAGAUCACAGGUGACCAAGCAUAACUACACGCCGACGGACAGCAACGUUGUCGGCUUGAAGGGCAUAGGAGGCGAGGAGAUCGAGAGGUACGGCCACGAAUCAGCUGAUGAGAACAAGAUCCCGAAGGUGAUGUUCGACAUCUUUUACGUAGGGACGGAUCAGCUGGCUGCGAAGUACAAGCUUAAAGGAGGUUACUUCAGCAUCAGGGAGAAGACGUCGGUCACGAAGGCCGAGUUAGACCAAGCGGUCUCUGUCUUGAAUGUUAUCGACUGUAAGAUCUUGGCUCAGGCGACGCUGUACGCGAACAAGGAGACGGAUGACUACAAGGUGUCCUUCCUGAUAGGCGCGCUGGAAGCUUGGGGCCACACAACAGUCAUACUUCAGACAGACCAGGAGCCUGCCACCAUGGCUCUGGCGCAGGCAGUUCGAGAUCGCAGAUCACACUCAACCUUGGUGCGGGGAUCACCGCCCUUUUCCAAGCAGAGUGCAGGCUACGCUGAAGGAGCUAACAAGCUAGCAGCUGGUCUACUUCGAGUCUACAAGCUGAAGCUGGAGCACAAGCUGGGCUGUGAGAUCAAGAUGACGGAUCCGAUCGUGCCAUGGCUUGUGAACUCAGUGGGGUGGAUGAUUACCAGAUUCCAACCUCGCAGUCACGGAGGUUCCUCCUACAAGAUGCUCUACGGCAAAGAGUACAACGGAGAGAUUGCGGAGAUGGGUGAGCAGGUCUGGUAUCGGAUCUCAGCCAGAGUUGCCGCGGGACGUGGCAAAUGGGAAGCCCGCUUCGCAAAAGGAAUAUGGGUUGGUAAGAGUGAGCUGGACGACACACACCUCGUGAUCGAUCCUGAACGUGGAGUGCAGAAGGUCAGAACGGUGCGAAGGAUGCCUGAGGAGUUCAGAUGGCAGCCCGAGCUCAUCCAGCACAUCAGGGUGACGCCCUGGAAGCAGACGCCCGACAAGAGUUCAGGAACGAUCGGACGCAGCAUGUACAUCACGGAGCGCAUGAUCGAUGCUCAUGGUCCUACUGACGAUUGCAGGAAGUGCAGUAUAGGAUACGGUUCGCAUUCGGCAGCCUGCCGACAGCGUUUCGAGACCAUUCAGGCCGACUUGCUGCGAGAGAAGUUGGCAAAGGACCCUGUGGCCCCUGAGGCUACAGUCGUGGUGCCAGCACCGGUGAAGCUCGUGAAGGAGCUGAGGAGCCACUUCGGAGAUCCUGAGGAGCAGCAGGUAGAGCAGAUGGUUGAGGUGAGCGCCGAGCUGCAUGAGAAAGACCAGUGGAGCCCAAAGACGAUACACUACGAUUACUAUACUGGAGAGCCUCUGGAUGAGGACCUGUACCAGAAGGGUCGCGACGACGAGCUGCAGGCCAUGAAGGACUACGGGGUCUACGUGGAAGUGGCGACAUCGACGGCGACUGACGGCAAGCACAUUGGAGGUUUCCCGAUAGCCCACAUGAAAGAAGGAAAGGUUAGGUGGAGGUUCGUAGCAACCGAGGUGAACAAGUACGAGGUCAGAGAGGACAACCACCAAGGCACGCCCCCGCUCAUGAUUGUCAGAGCGACGCUGAGCCGUGCCGCUUCAAGUCCAACUUCCAGCGGGCAGCACCUGCGGAAGAUACAAGUCUGGGAUGUCAGGAAGGCUUUCUUCAACGCUGACUUAGACGAGACGAUCUACGUGCAUCCUGGGAGAGAGCUGUGUCCGCCUGGAAGGUGCUGGUGGUUACGCAAGGCCAUGAACGGUACCAGGAAGGCGUCGCAGAUGUGGGGUGAGCUUGUGAGAACUACUAUGGACGACGGCCAUUGGGAAUGCUUGGUUGGAACUCCUAACGUGUUCUACUUACCUGCUAGCCCCAACACAGCCCCCAUGGACGAGGAUAGCACCGCGAUCUGCCAUGGCGAUGACUUUCUUGCUGAAGGCUACGACGAGCAGCUGGACGAGCUCGACGAGUUAUUGAGGCAGCAGUUUGAGGUCACGGCCAGCGCCAGACUUGGACCAGGAGCGGUGGGGCAGACUACAUACCUCAAGAGGACGAUCGGCUAUACUGACAAGUUGCCAGGUUGCGAGGAGCCAGGUUUCUUCUGGACUGCCGAUCCUAAGCAUGUGGACUUCAUGAUCAAGUGGCCCGACACGAUGUACGCCAGCAAGACAGCGAUGCAGCACGUCUCCAACCCGAACGUACUCCUGAAGGCAUUCGUGUGGAUGGUGACGCAGAUUGGGCACCUACGAGUGAACUACAGCGGCGAUCUACCAGUGGAGGAGCUGUGA